AAGAACUGUAAGAGCUGGAGAGAUUUCUCUGCAUCUUUUACCAUAAGCACCAUAACAUAUGAGAGCGUAAAGAAGACUGGAAAACAGAUGGCGGAUCCAGACCUGUUGGAAGAAUCCUCAUCGCUCUUGGAGCCAAGUGAGAUGGGAAGAGGCACGCCUUUAAGACUUGGCUUCGUGGCUGGUGUGAUUAACCGGGAGCGCAUCCCUACUUUUGAGCGCAUGCUUUGGCGGGUGUGCCGGGGGAAUGUGUUCCUGCGGCAGGCUGAAAUCGAGAACCCCCUGGAGGAUCCUGUGACUGGAGACUACGUGCACAAGUCUGUGUUCAUCAUUUUCUUCCAAGGCGAUCAGCUGAAAAACAGAGUCAAGAAAAUCUGUGAAGGGUUCCGGGCCUCACUCUAUCCCUGUCCUGAGACGCCACAGGAGAGGAAGGAGAUGGCUUCUGGAGUUAACACCAGGAUUGACGAUCUCCAAAUGGUUCUGAAUCAAACGGAGGAUCACCGCCAGAGGGUUCUGCAGGCAGCUGCUAAGAACAUCCGUGUCUGGUUCAUCAAAGUGCGGAAGAUGAAGGCCAUUUACCACACUUUGAACCUGUGCAAUAUAGAUGUGACCCAGAAGUGCCUGAUUGCGGAGGUCUGGUGCCCUGUCACUGACCUUGACUCCAUCCAGUUUGCGCUCAGGAGGGGCACGGAACACAGUGGCUCCACCGUGCCCUCCAUCCUGAACAGGAUGCAGACAAACCAGACUCCCCCAACCUAUAACAAAACCAACAAGUUCACGUGUGGCUUUCAGAACAUAGUGGAUGCUUAUGGAAUUGGAACUUACCGAGAGAUAAAUCCAGCUCCAUAUACCAUCAUCACUUUCCCUUUCCUAUUUGCUGUGAUGUUUGGGGACUUUGGCCACGGCAUUUUGAUGACCCUUUUUGCUGUAUGGAUGGUGUUAAGGGAGAGCCGGAUCCUCUCCCAGAAGAAUGAGAAUGAGAUGUUUAGCACUGUGUUCAGCGGACGGUACAUUAUUCUGCUGAUGGGUGUGUUCUCCAUCUACACUGGCCUCAUCUACAAUGAUUGCUUUUCCAAGUCUCUUAAUAUCUUCGGGUCAUCCUGGAGUGUGCGGCCAAUGUUUACUUUAUACAAUUGGACGGAAGAGACGGUUCGGGGGAACCCUGUCCUCCAGCUGAACCCAGCUGUCCAUGGAGUUUUCGGUGGACCAUAUCCUUUUGGCAUCGAUCCAAUUUGGAACAUUGCUACCAAUAAACUGACCUUCCUCAACUCCUUUAAGAUGAAGAUGUCUGUUAUCCUUGGUAUCAUCCACAUGAUGUUUGGAGUCAGCCUGAGCCUUUUCAACCAUACCUAUUUCAAGAAGCCCCUGAAUAUCUACUUUGGAUUUAUUCCAGAAAUAAUCUUCAUGACCUCUUUGUUUGGCUACUUGGUUAUCCUUAUUUUUUACAAGUGGACAGCCUAUGAUGCUCACACAUCUGAGAAAGCACCAAGCCUUCUGAUCCAUUUCAUAAACAUGUUCCUCUUUUCCUAUGGGGACUCUGGUAAUUCGAUGCUGUAUUCUGGACAGAAAGGAAUUCAGUGUUUCCUGGUAGUGGUCGCGCUGCUGUGUGUCCCUUGGAUGCUGCUGUUUAAACCACUGGUCCUUCGCCAUCAAUAUUUGAGGAGGAAGCAUUUGAUAGAGCUGCGCUUGUUAGGAGACUUUGUUCGCAUUAAGCUUUUCACGCAAGCGGGACUCUCGGUCGGCGUUGGCCAAGGCAAGGGAACUCUCAACUUUGGUGGGAUCAGGGUGGGCAACGGACCGACAGAGGAGGAUGCUGAGAUUAUUCAGCAUGACCAGCUCUCCACCCAUUCAGAGGACGCAGAGGAGCCUACCGAGGAUGAAGUGUUUGAUUUUGGGGACGCCAUGGUGCACCAGGCCAUCCACACCAUUGAGUACUGCCUGGGCUGCAUCUCCAACACCGCCUCCUACCUGCGGCUCUGGGCCCUCAGCCUGGCACAUGCACAGCUGUCUGAGGUGCUUUGGACCAUGGUGAUUCACAUCGGCCUAAGCGUGAAGAGCUUGGCGGGAGGUUUGGCGCUCUUCUUCAUCUUCGCCGCCUUCGCCACCCUGACCGUGGCCAUCCUCCUGAUCAUGGAGGGCCUCUCCGCCUUCCUCCACGCGCUGCGGUUACACUGGGUGGAAUUCCAGAAUAAAUUCUACAGCGGGACGGGUUUCAAGUUCCUACCCUUCUCCUUCGAGCACAUCCGAGAAGGGAAGUUUGACGAAUGAGCCCCUCAGGGGGGGCUGUGCGCCCUCUGCCCCGCCCCCGCUCCCUCCACGGUGAUUCGCCCGUGCUCUGCUUGCCCCGUUGGUCGUGAUCCCUGGGUAUCAGGGCAUCUGAGUCAUCCCUGCCGCCCUUCCCCCAGCCACCUGUGAGUCAUUUAGGUAGACCCAGCCCUUCCUGGGUCCCCCGCCACCUCCAGCUUUGUGUGUUGUAGUGCAGUGAUUUUCUGGAGAGAAGCGGGCCGAGCAGAGUCACUCAAGCCCACUCCCGCUGGGCACCCUCCUUGCCCUCCCAGCCUCUGUCCAGCCCUUCCCCUGCCCCCUGGUGGUGAAGCAGUUUGUGCAUUUACACAGGAGCCCAGAGCGCUUGGAGGGAGCGCCUUCACUGUCCACACCCAGACUUUGAGACCCCUGCUCCUGCCACUCUCCUUCCUGGUUGGGGAUGGGGUGCCCUUUAACACUCCCCACUCUUGGAUUAGCAGGGGUGGGUCCAGGAAGAUGGUGUUUCUGUCCUCUGCCCACCCCCUCCGGUCUCCAGUGCGCUCGUUAAUCAGGGAUUCAGCUGGACCCAACUGUGCCAGCGUGCGUGGCUUCUCCCUGGCAGCCCCCAGGGUCCCUGGAUACCCUGCACCACCUUCCUGACCCCCACCCUAAACUCACACCCUCUCCUCCUCCUUCCCAGGAUGCCCUUUUAGCACCCAGCGUAACAUACACAGUGGGGAGGACCCAAAGCAGAGGUCCGGGCUGGCUCCUCUGGUGGCUGCUUCUCAGGCCGUGCAUGGGCCGCAAGCACGCCCUCGGGGCAGAGGGUCCAAGUCCACGCUCUUUCCUGGUGCAGAGCCGGAGACCUUUCCCCACCCCCAAUCACGAGUCUUGAGUGCAGAACUGUCGUCAUCAGGGGUGGGUCUGCCUGCAGACCUGCCUUGCUCUGCCCACCGGCGCCCCUCCCCACUUCCACACCGACCCCAAGUCGAGCAAGUGGCUCCUGGGCAGGGAAAGUCAACGUCAUUUACCAUUUGCUGACUGGAGGCAGCUGGCAGGGCCGCCAGUGUGUGCGGCGGUGAGAGCUGCGUGGCCCUGCCCUGUGGGCUGGUGCGGAGCGCCCCCAGAGGGCCGCCGCCCUGUCACCCCCACGCCGGGACGUGGAUCUUGGGGCCUUUUAAUCACGCGUUGGCACAGCAGCCCUGGCUGCUUCAGCUAAAUUGAUCCCCGUGCCUUCAGUGGGCGAGAGGACCCCCUCAAUUGGUCGGCCCCUUCCCCCCCCACCCCGACCCCCUGCUCGUCUGGGAGCUGCUUGGCGCUGCUCACUGGACUCUCCCAGGCUGGGCCACCCGCCCCAGCUUCACCGCGCAGUAGCCAGUGUGACCCGACCCAGCCCUUGUGCAGAGCCCCCUCCCGUCCAGUCCCUGUGGUUUACAUGACGAUCUUUGCUCUGUUUACGGCAGGGGUUUGAAGCAGAGUUCUUUAUCAGGAAUCCUGCCCAAGGCCCUUCUGUUCAGACAUUCCCGUGCGGAAUAAAGUGUGUUUGACUUUG